AUGGACAGGUGGGGCAAACGCUGCCUUAGUGUAGACCGGGGGCCCUUUGGACGACAGGUCUUAGAGUUUGUGCGGAACCUGACGCUAAGCUUUCCCGGGCACGUGCUCCCGUUGAUGGGCAAUCAUGACUUGUACACGCUGGCCGACGCACUGCUUCCUGAUGGGGCCUCACUUUUUAUGGGCGCCCCAGUGAAAGAUUUUAGCUAUGCCUUUGUGCACCCAGAGGAAUACCUCAACUGGCUGCCAACGGCCGAGCAGGCCGACGAUCCGACGGUUUUGAUGCCCGCGUUGUUCGCUGCUUUGCAGAACGUUUAUGCUCAACAUCAGGAAAGCCGAGUCAUGCUGGCUGGAAGUGGCGCUCGCAGCAUAUUUGAUUGGCCACCUUUGCGUUUCAAUGAGACCUUAUCAUCAGCGCUGCGAGGGCGGCUGAAAGUGUGGCAAGACCAUGCAUCACAAGGCUUGGUGGAUACCGGCCUGGCUGCAUGGCUUUCUGAAAGGCCAGCGGUGGCAGUCUUGGGAGGUGCCCUUUUUGUCCAUGGUGGUUUGCCUCCAAUGAGCCGUUCAGAACUCGAAGAGCUCGCAAAAGGAUUUGAAUCGACUGCCGGUGAUGCAGCUGGGUUCUUCAAAGGCAGAAACCUGGAGAUGCUGCACGAGGCUUUGACCUACAGAGACUUUCAUGGCAGAGGUGGGUGCAAGGAAGUUGACAAGGCUCUGGAGCUUGUGAGGCCUGAAGGUGUGCAGAUGAUCAUUGUGGGGCACACUGCCGGACGCAACGUUCGGAAGCUUUGCAGCGGUCGGCUUCUGGCAGCGGACAGUUCUUUGAGCCGAUUCUAUCGGGCACAUGGAAACCGAUACUGCCCAGUGCAAGUAGCUGCUGACCGCCCCGGCAGCUGCGCAAGAGCAGUGUCAAAGUGUGCUGGUCAGGCUUCCCGUAUGCAAGGUGGAGUUAUAAUGCCCGUGAACAUGGAAGAUGCGGAAGAGGAGCUUUGA